AUGGCCGCAACUGCGAGACAACCUAAGCCCCAGCGCAAGGGCAUGCCUGACCCUGCCGCCCCCCGUCGCAACCCAGCGUGGACGGGAACACGAACAUUCUCUCCGGGUGCAUCCAACGCACGCCUGCCAAACGGCGUGCCCCCCGCCAGUCCCGGUCCAUUCCCGCCUCUUGGUCAACAAAAUGGCGCGAGUAGCACCCCGCCUCCUCGUGCGGACAAGGAUGUCGCCCAUGACCGCGUGCUUUCCCAGUUGUCUGGGCUUAUUGGCACAACUAUUACUCUCCUAACAAAGACACAUGUGCGGUAUGAGGGGUCUGUUUCAUCGACUAGCGGAGAGGGAGACACGACUGGCGUCACGCUGCGCGACGUUAAAGACCUCACCAAUCCCGGCGCUCCGCUCAAAGAUCAAUUUUUCAUCGCCUCGACGAAUAUUGAGCAAUGGAGUAGUGGUCCGGCUGAUGCGAAGGCGCCGGCAGUUAAUGGAGACAGCUUUAAGACUGACACAGAUAUCAGCAACUCUACUGCUGCGCGACGGGAACGCGAGCUGCAAGCUUGGCAGCCGACCGACGAUCCCGCCUCCGGUGUAACACCGACUGCGCCAUUAGGCUCGACCGCAAAUGGUGGGGGGCGUGAUGAGAUGACCUUCGGUCCUGCCGUAGGCGCUACUGGGGGAUGGGAUCAAUUCGCCGCGAACGAACAACUUUUUGGGGUGCGCGCGAACUUCGACGAGGAUGUGUACACGACCAAAUUGGAUAGGAGUGCACCCGACUACAAGGAGAAGGAGCGGAGAGCAGCAGUGAUUGCAAAUGAGAUUUUGCAGAGCACCACGAACAAUGUGCACAUCGCUGAGGAGCGAACACAGAAUUUUGCUGGUGAAAAUGGCUCCAACGAGGAAGAAAAGUAUGGUGCUGUCGUAAGAGGAGCCAACGCUUACGUCCCUCCUGGUGCGCGAAAGGCGAAUCCAAGUGCAUCUACUGCUAUUGUACAAUCCAAGCAAGACGUACCCAAGGUGUCUGUGAACGCGCCUGAUGGCUCAACUGUGUCUACGGAUAAACCCGCUGCCCCAGCGAAUACGCCGCCGCCAAAGACCGAGUCACCUGCGCCAGGCGGCACUAAGCCGGCUGCUGACGCCGUUCCUGCAUUCCGGGAUUUCGUGUCAAAUGAAAAAGAUCGGCUGAUGAAGAAGAAGCAGGCUAUCAUGAAGAGUGAGAUGGACAAACGCAUGGCUGAGCUGGUAAAGUUCAGUAAGAGUUUCAAGCUCAACAAGCCUAUUCCUGACGAUCUAGUACCUAUCCUCGCGAAGGACGAAGAGAAGCAGCGUAUUAUCCGUGAAAAGUCGACUAAGGAUGCGGAGUCGUCGCAUGCACGCGCCAUCGGUGUUUCUAAUGCCACUUCGUCCAGUUCCCGAGCACCAGAUAUCAUUUCUACGAUUCCGCCCUCUGCAAAGCCUGCUCCGGCACAGCCUGCCAUUGCCAAGGAGGCGGCAAAUACGCAGAAAGCUCCCGCACAGAGUAAACCCGGAGUACAGAAGGGCAGAAUCAGUAUGGUCAUUCAGUCGAUUCCUCCGUUUAAGGGCAAACGAACAUCCACAAUUCCGGCUAUCUCGACUGGUGGAGCUGCUUCGGGUGCACGUUCGCAGGGUAUUCUGGCUCCUGCUGGUGCAACUAGCCCCCUUUCGCCCACAGCUGCAAACCGCUUGAACGUGAAUGCGUCUUCUUUCAGACCGAAUGUGAAGUCUGUGUCGCCCCCAAGCGGAUCUCCGAAUCCUAAUGGUACCCCAUCUUCGACCGCUUCGCCUAAGACCAAGCCUGCCGAUGGAUCUUCAUCGCCUCAAACGCAGGGGCCGCCGAAUCCCUUCUUUGGUACACGUCUUCCCAAGAAGGUUCCUCUUGUUCACAUUAAAGACGACUUCAAUCCUUUUAAGUAUCACAAGGUUGUUGAAGCUGCCCAUGUGGGCCCUAUGUGGCAGUACAGCGGCAAGCGUUACAUGCAAAUGUUCCCUCCGAUGCAGACACCGCCUCAGCCACAGUCUCCACCCAUGGCACAUCCACUCCCACCUCCUGUCCCGCCUCCUUCGUAUGAGGAUGAUACUGCAGCGCAGGUGACUACCCGUGGAUACAUGUACUAUCCUCAGUACUAUCCUGGACAGAUGCAGAUGAUGCCUGGGGGGAUGGUACCGCCUCCGCCUGGUCCAUACAUGCCCGGACCUCACUUCAUGCCACCCAUGCCAUAUCCUCAUAUGCCUCCGAAUGCAAUGUACUCCACGGCUCCCAUGGGCCAGAUGCCUACCUACAUGCCACCUCCCGGUGCCUAUCCACCUCCGAACGGCGCUGCUCCACGGCCAUCCAUGCCGCCUACCCCCAUCCCAUCGCAUGCCCAUCCAUACUACCACCAGAGCCCACAACUCCAACACACGGUUCCCUACCCCAUGAUGAUGCCCCCUCCCGGACCUCCCCCUCAUCCCUACGAUGGAUCCCAAGCUCCGCCUGUCCAGAUGGGCGGUCACGCUUAA